CUGAAUUUAAGUCUUAGCCGUCAUCUUCUUCAUUUUUCUCUAGGGUUUCUAAUCUCUUAUAACAUCGCCCAAAAGAGUUAAGGGAAGCUUGAGAGAGAACUCGAAGACGCAAUGGCGAGAAUCAAGGUUCAUGAGCUGAGGGAGAAAUCAAAAGCUGAUCUUUCGAGUCAGUUGAAGGAAUUUAAGGCAGAGCUUGCUCUUCUUCGUGUCGCUAAGGUCACUGGAGGUGCUCCCAACAAGCUCUCUAAGAUCAAGGUGGUGAGGAAGUCGAUUGCUCAGGUGUUGACAGUGAUCUCACAGAAACAAAAGUCUGCUUUGAGAGAGGCAUACAAGAACAAGAAGCUUUUACCUCUCGAUCUUCGUCCCAAGAAGACUAGAGCUAUCAGGAGGAGACUCACCAAGCAUCAGGCAUCAUUGAAGACAGAGAGGGAGAAGAAGAAAGAAAUGUACUUUCCGAUAAGAAAGUAUGCUAUUAAGGUGUAAGCUUUUACCUUAAUCACAUCAAUUUUUGUGUUUUGAAUUUGAGCUCUUGUGUGAGUUUUUGCUUGUUUUCGUUCCUUGUUAAAGAUAUUGAAAUCUCAUCUUAAUGAAAGAUUGAAUCAGAAAAUAAGUAUUGUUAUAUGAUUGGAUCAUAUCAUCUUUUAUAUUACUCUGUUGAGGAUUAGCUCGUUAGGGUUUCAAUCUCUGUUAAUAACUCUUCAAUCGGUC